AUGCCAACGGGCCCGAGAUGGGCGGACCUGCUACCAGAGCUUGUCUGCCGCAUCGCCGACGGCCUUGACGACCUCAAGUGCUACGCGAGUGUGCGGGGUGCCUGCAAGACAUGGCGUCGCACGCUCGUGCCACCAUCACCAUUGCUGCUUGUUGACCACGGCGACGACCCUCUAUGCCCUGCGGCGCGCCGCUCCUUCAAGCUCGUCACCAUCCCGUCGGUCAGGACCUGUCUUGGCUACUGUAGCGGAUGGCUCGCCCUCUCCGUCCGCAUCGAUGAUGUUCGUAGCCUGCUCAGCCUCUUCCACCCCAUCAUAGCCGCUGAGAUCCUCCUACCCCCGCUUGUCUAUGACAGCCGCCUCGUCUCCAAGAUCGUCUUCGCACCCAACCCUGCCACCGACGACUUCAUGGCCGCUGUGAUAUGUGAUAUCAAUAGGGUUGCCUAUGUCACCGCAGGGGCCAGGAGGUGGGCCAUCCUCGACCCCAUUCGCCUCACCAUUGGAGACCAGCUCGCCGACCUCCUCUACCAUGGAAAUGGUAGGGUGUACUACCUCACUCGGUUUGGAGACGUCCAUGUGCUCCUGCUACCACAGUGUUGCCGCUGGGAACCUAUCAUCCUCGAGGGCCCCACAUCAACAUAUACUGCGGUGCAUAAUAGGCAAAUCAUCAAGAUGCAUGGGAUAGGACCGGAUCUAAAUGCGCCGGCCACCAUUGAGACAUUGUUCUCGUCUGUGGGAAGCAACCUAUUCGACGACGCCACUGGUUUCGCCCCGCCAUACAACACAAUAUUGACUUUCACUAGUGUCAAGAACCUGGUGUUCUGCAAUGGUAACCUGUACCAAAUUUGGAGGAAUGCGUCCUGCACGGUUACUUUGCAACUACUAGAAGGGGGUCGAUGCCGUGUAGCACAUGAUGAAAUAUUUGUUCUGAGGUAUGACCCCCAGCGCCGACCAUGUUGGGACGUUGUGGCUGACUUAGGGGGAUACUCAGUGUUUAUUGGGAGGAACAAUUCAGUGUUGAUAUAUGCGGAAGGCGUGCCGGGACUAAAGGGUGAUUGUGUGUACUGGAUUGGUGGGAGGGGUAGGGAUCAGGGCAUGGUCUUUGACAUGAAGACUGGCAGGUCAACACCUUGCAUUCCCCUCGUGGAUGGGGUUCUUUUAGGGUCUCCACAAAGCACAAUCUGCUUGUACUUUCUAAGCGAUGAAUAA